AUGCCAACUGCCGUCGCCACAACUACAUCUAUCCGGGGAGGUCAUGAACAGGCCCGUCCGCGCAUUUCGCAGCCACUGCAAUACUCCGGGUCGUUAGAUAAAUACUCCAAAAGCGAUCUGACGCCUGUCAUCGGACGGGAAUACACUGGUCUGCAAGUCGCAGAUAUUUUGAAAUCCGACGAGAGUGAUCGAUUAAUCGCAGAUUUAGCUGCGACCAUCUCACAACGAGGUGUCGUCUUCCUCCGCGACCAAAAUGUCACACCACAGCAAAUGCAACAAUUCGGCGAACGCCUAACAGCUCUAGCCGGCUGCCCCGAAUCCUCUACUCUCCAUGUCCACCCCCUAACCGAAGAAGGCAGCGAACUCGGCGACCAAAUCAGCGUCAUCAGCAGCGAAAAGCAAAAGAAAGGUGGCGGCCUCACCCACCAACUCAGCGACACCUCCCGUCUCGCCUCCGUAGGCUGGCACACGGAUAUCAGCUUCGAGCGUGUCCCCUCGGACUACGCGAUGCUCAAGAUCCAUACGCUUCCUGAGACUGGGGGUGAUACGCUGUGGGCGUCGGGGUAUGAGGUGUAUGAUCGGUUGUCGGGGGAGAUGAGGGGGUUUUUGGAGGGGUUGACGGCGACGCAUGAUGCGAGCUUUUUUCAUGAGGAGGCGAGGAGGUUGGGGAAUCCGUUGCGGAAGGGGGAGAGGGGGUCGCCGUUGAACGGGGGUGAGGAGUUGAAGGCUGUGCAUCCCGUCGUGAGGACUAAUCCUGUGACGGGGUGGAAAUCGGUCUAUGUCAACCGGGGCUUCACGAAGCGCAUAAACGGCGUGACCAAGGAUGAAUCGGAUAUGCUGCUGCAGUAUCUGUUUAAUCUUGUUACGCAAAACCACGACGCCCAAGUCCGGUUCAGAUGGAACCGCAACGACAUGGCUAUCUGGGAUAACCGGUCGACCUGGCACUGCGCGACGUACGACUACACGGAAGCACGGGCUGGAGACCGUGUGUGUAGUCUGGGAGAAGCGCCGUAUUUCGAUCCGAACUCCAAGUCUCGGAAGGAAGCGUUGGCUUGA